CAUCCGCCUUGCUCGCCAGUGCUGGAAGGGGACAACUGCGUGUUCGACGGCAUGAUCUACCGGAACGGGGAGACCUUCCAGCCCAGCUGCAAGUACCAGUGCACCUGCCGCGACGGGCAGAUUGGCUGCCUGCCCCGCUGCAACCUCGACCUGCUGCUCCCCGGCCCUGACUGCCCCUUCCCCAGGAAAGUGGAGGUCCCUGGAGAGUGCUGCGAGAAGUGGGUCUGCGACCCCAAGGACGAUGUGAUUCUAGGAGGCUUUGCUAUGGCCGCGUUCAGACAGGAGGCCACAGUGGGGAUCGAUGUUUCCGAUUCAAGUGCCAACUGCAUCGAGCAGACAACAGAAUGGAGUGCUUGCUCCAAGAGCUGUGGCAUGGGCUUUUCCAUCCGUGUUACCAACAGGAAUCAGCAGUGUGAGAUGGUGAAGCAGACACGGCUUUGCAUGAUGAGACCUUGUGAGAAUGAGGAGCCACCUGAGAAGAAGGGGAAGAAAUGUAUCCGAACGAAGAAGUCCCUGGAAGCCGUUCGCUUUGAGUACAAGAACUGCACAAGCGUGCAGAUGUACAAACCACGUUACUGUGGCCUCUGCAAUGACGGGCGAUGCUGCACCCCACAUAACACCAAAACGAUCCAGGUCGAGUUCCGCUGUCCUCAUGGCAAGGUCGUAAAAAAACCAAUGAUGUUGAUCAACACCUGUGUUUGUCAUAGUAACUGUCCUCAGAGCAACAACGCUUUCUUCCAGCCAUUGGAGCUAGCAUCUAGUGAAGUAAAAAUAUGAAAUGCUUUAAUGCUUUAAUUAGGUGGCUCAAAAGGUAUAAAUAUUUUAUGUAAAACUUGACCCACAAUCAGGUGAAUGUAAGUGCAUAUUUAAAAUAUCUAGGAUGUUUUUUUUCCAAACAAUCUAGACACCUUUUUUUUUCCCAUAGUUUAUUAAAUACCUCAUUUUACACUCUUCUCUGCUCUAAAAAUAGUUUUUUCACGUGAAGAAAAUUUUGUACCUUGGACAGAGCCUUCUAU